AUUUCUAUACCAAAAGCGGUAACCCUGAGCUACACUCGGGCUUACCAUGCGGCGCUGCAUAGGGAGUCCCUGCAGCACUUACCUUGUCCUUCGCUCCCGCGAUGUGUCCCCUGCAGCGUCCCCGGCCAUCUCCUCCGGCCGAUGCUGGCAUCCGGCUUCUAUGUUCCGGUCCCCGUGACGUCGGGACGUACGGGUGCCGCUGGGCGGGAAAUUUAAAACAUUUAAAAAAUGUCAUUUUUUUUUUUUAAAUUUUAAAUAUGCUUUGUCCUGUGCCCUGCCUGCAUUUUGUCUGUUCUUUCUG